AGAGAGGGAGAGAGAGAGGGAGGGAGGGAGGGAGAGAGAGAGAGAGAGAGACAGAGCGAGCGAGGGGCCGUCGGGUACAGACCAGAGGGUACCACAGGACACUGCUGCCGGACCUCACCAAAUAGCAACCGAGGCGCACGUUCCCAAACUGCCCUCCUCGACGGAUACUCCGCUCCUCGGACGUAAAUCGGCAAGUUCAGAAUCGGAACACGACAACUCGUAUUUCGCAUUAUUGCGUGUCAGAGGAGCUGCGUUUGUCUCUCGUGAACGCGUGGACCCUGUGAACCGGGAGCGAACGGAGCAGCGCGAGGAACCGUAAAAAAAAAAGAAGAACAAAAAAAAAAGGACGAACUGCGCUGGUUGUGACACGAAGGAGUAGUCUGUCCACUAAAUAAGACUGUUCGCCCGGCUGGCUACGAGGAUUAGCAAGCGACGUGACAAUUACAUAAUAUCGUUCUUGCUACGGAGAAGAAAAAAAACAACCAGGGAACAAACUGCUAGCGGCAGCGACGCAGGACCCGUGAACGACCGGAGCGACGCGGGGCUGUGGACAUCGAGGUCAUUGUAAACUCUUGACCGCAUAGUAGCCCGAUGUUGCAGUGUGUCGCUUCCUCUUUUUGAAAUAUUUGUCGCUACAAAGUAACGAUUGGCUGCAACGCACAACUGUUAAGUUCCGUGGCACUUGUAGCAUUUGAGCUACAAACAAAAAGAAGAUAAAGAAGACACAGCAGAACGUCGCCUAAACUUCCGGUCGUGCAAAAACGACACACCGGACGGUAAACGUUUGACAGUAAACCGCCUGUGCUCCUACCGAGGACUGAGAGGUCACCGGGACCGGUCAUCUCUUUUUCUCUCCUCCCCCUCCUCCCAUCAGUCCGUUAUGAAGAUGUGAACUCGUCCCUCCCUCCCCUUCCUCUCUUCGUCGUCCUGGAAGCUUUGAUCUUUUUUCUUCUUCUUUUUCACCCUCCCCCCAACCCCCGUUCCUAUUUGCUACAACGAGAUCAAAGGGCGACUCCCGCCUCUCGGGGGAUGUACGAAAGCGUGGAUGUUGUGGGUUUCAGCCCCAGCCCGAGCAGCCCCAAUCCCGGCUCGUUUCUGAGCAUGGACUACUACCACAGACCCCCGGGGCUCGGGCCGGAGAAGGGACUGCUGUCCGGGGUCGGAGGGCUCCAGCGUCCGUUCGGUGGGUCCCUGGUGACCGGCAGACACUGGAGCGGAUCCAGCCACUCCAUAGAGACUGAGAGCACGAGUUCGGGAGAGGACCUCCUCGUCCCCAGCCCCGCCUCGCCUCCGCCUCCACCCCGCAUCUACAAGCCCUGCUUUGUCUGUCAGGACAAAUCCUCCGGAUACCACUAUGGAGUCAGUGCCUGCGAGGGCUGCAAGGGUUUCUUUCGGAGGAGCAUCCAAAAGAACAUGGUGUACACGUGUCACCGAGACAAAGUGUGUGUCAUAAACAAGGUGACGAGGAACCGGUGUCAGUCGUGUCGGCUGCAGAAAUGCCUCGAAGUCGGCAUGUCCAAGGAGUUGGUGCGAAACGAUAGGAUGAAGAAGAAGAAGGAGGAGAAGAGGCAGGGCGAGACGGAGAUCUACGUCCUGUCGGCCGACACGGAGCAGAUGAUUGAGCGAGUCCGCCGAGCCCACCUGGGCACCUUCCCCUCCCUUGGUCAGCUGGGAAAAUACACCACGAGCAACAGCUCGGAGCACCGUGUCUCUCUGGACGUCAGUCUCUGGGACAAGUUCAGUGAGUUGUCCACCAAGUGCAUCAUCAAGACGGUGGAGUUCGCCAAGCAGCUCCCCGGUUUCACCACGUUAACCAUCGCCGACCAGAUCACCCUGCUCAAAUCCGCCUGCCUCGACAUACUGAUUCUAAGGAUCUGCACCCGCUACACCCCAGACAAGGACACCAUGACCUUCUCCGACGGUCUGACCCUGAACCGCACCCAGAUGCACAAUGCCGGGUUCGGGCCGCUCACGGACCUGGUGUUCUCCUUCGCCAACCAGCUGCUGCCGCUGGAGAUGGACGACGCGGAGACGGGACUGCUCAGCGCCAUCUGCCUGCUCUGUGGAGACCGUCAGGAUCUGGAGGAGUCGGACAAGGUGGAUGUUCUUCAGGAGCCGAUGCUUGAAGCCCUGAAGAUCUACGUGAGGAGGAGGAGGCCCGAGAAACCUUGCAUGUUCCCCAAGAUACUGAUGAAGAUAACUGACCUCAGGAGCAUCAGUGUGAAGGGAGCGGAACGAGUGAUCACGCUGAAGAUGGAAAUACCCGGCUCCAUGCCUCCUCUCAUCCAGGAAAUGCUGGAGAACUCUGAGGGACUGGAGGGGCAUGGGUCCGGGGGAGGGAAAGGAGGAGGAGGAGGAAAAGGAAAAGGUUGCAGGGGAGUUAGGGAAGAGGACAAAACAGAGGUCGGAAGCCGUCAUCAAAGUCCGUCGCCCGAAUCGGUUUCUUCCCCGCACCGGAGCCCUGUGCCCUGCUCCCCCUCUUCCCCUCCCCCUCCACCUGAAGCUCGACACUUACCUUAACGCGUGCUGGGAGGGAGACUAAACACCUCCUAAUGAGGUUGAAUGAAAGCUGUUCAACUUUGCUUUCAGACACCUUGGUUUUAUACGUUAAAUGCUGAAAACAGACAUUUCCUCAUGCUGAAAAGGUGUGAACCUAAACGAAGGAUUAAAGAGAGAAAUGUG